UUGAAGUGUACAUAAAAUAAAUGUGAAUUAAUAAAGCGAAUACGGAAUGCAAAACAAUAAUGCUAACCAAAAUGCAAAAUCCCGUAUCAUAAAUACGAUAUUGAUAAACUGGGACGCUUUUGGGGCACUUUAAUACACAGAAGAUAUAAAUGUACUUGCGUUUUUGUAUUAUGUACUUUCAGAAAAAGACGAGAACGUCCUCUGCAAUUCUUCACUUGAAUGUCAAGCAACACUACAGUGCCGAACAAAUCUCUGUGUUUGCUGUGAACGGGAUUUUUGGAAUGGACAGUUCUGUGAGAGAAAAAGAAAUAUGACUUCACAAUGCCACGAAUCUUUCCAAUGCCAAGACACACUACAUUGUAUUAGAGGGACCUGCCAGUGUGAUGUCACUGAAUAUUGGACACAAUCAGCAUGUGCAAAAAAUAUUUGCGCUAACGAACAGUGUUGGAAUGGAGGCAAAUGUCAGAUUUUGAAAAACAGACAUAAUUGUGUAUGUGCUGACGGCUAUCUCGGUGACAAAUGUCAGUAUGCAGAUGGACGAGAGAAGGAUUUUAUGGUGAUAUUUCAUGACACACCCCGAACACCAUCACCACGAAUACUUCCAGCAAUUAACAGAAAGGCGGAAUUAUCUAUUUUCUAUUUCUCAAAUAAUAAAAAUGUUUCGGUAACUUCAAAUUUAGUCGAUAAUCAUUAUAUACUCGAUUCCAAUGUAUUGAUGACAAAUGGUUUACAUCAGGCCGGUGUAGAAAUACAUUCCAAUGUGCCGAUCACCCUGUAUGGAUUCUUAUUUGUUCGUCAAUAUUCCGAAGGAUUCUUUGUUCUACCAGCUCGAUUUGCAUCUACAGAAUAUUUAAUUCCUUCGUUCACUCCUUGUAGCAGCAGUCAUAGAAGCGUUUUUUCAUUAUCUUCGUUGUAUUCAAACACAGUUAUAAGAAUACACUUUAAAAUAAAGGAUGGGACGAUUGAAUAUGCCAAUAUACAAUAUUCUAACAAUCAAACAUUAACAUUGGUACUUAAUAAGUAUACAGCAUUUCAAAUAUCGCACAUAACAGACUUGACAGGAACAAGAAUCAUUGCAUCUCAGCCAAUUGUUGUGGUCAGUGGUAAUAAAUACAACAGAAUAAAUGAGUUAGGAAGCCAUCAGCCAUUUAUUGAAAUGGUAUUACCUUCAAAUCAACUAGAUAAUGUUUAUGUCAUUCCAUAUCUAAAUUAUCGACCGGAAAAUACAGUUCGGGUGCUUGCUGUAAAUGAUACAAGCGUAGUGGUUAAAACUGGAAACACUCGCUCUAGAAAAGUACUGAAAUCUAGAGACUUUAUGGAUUAUUCUCAUACAACUAUCUCAUAUGUUUCGUCUGAAAGAGGUGUAAUGGUACAUAUUUACCCGCACGAGAUAUCAGAUAGUCAUGGAGAUGCCUUUAUGAUGACGAUUCCCGGUAUUAACCAGUAUUUGUACGAUUAUGAUUUCAUGGUACCAACAGAUUUUCAAAGUUUUAUUAGCAUUUCUGUUCCAACAAACGCCGUCGAUGGAUUUGUACUAAACGGUAAUUUCGUAAACUUGCAAAAUAUAUUCAGUAUUUCUGAAGAGGAACAUCAUUUCAGUAGUUUUAGCAUCCCAAUAUCUAGUGGACAACAUCAUAUCACCCACAGAGAAAAGACACGGUUUGGAUUGUGGGUAUACGGAAAUUACACCAGCCGGGAUGCGUACGGAUAUCCAGCCGGGAUGGCUUUUAAAACAUAAAAGCUAUCUCUAGAUACUACAAUUAUGAAUUAUUUUGUAUAAAUAGAUUGUAACAUACUACAGUUUGAGCUUUUGACAUUACAAACUAAAAUGAGAAAAAAACAAUAGAAUCAAUAAGAUAAUACAAUUGUAUCCGGGGUGUUUAUUUAGACAUCUAUGGAAAAUAUAUUUUACCUAGGA